AUGAAGCUUGUGUUGGUCAGCACUCUACUGCUGAUCGGUGGAGUCUUAGCACUACAAGACUCCGUUGAAGUUUCUACGCCAAAGCCAGAAAUCAGUGGGCAGUCCAUUGGGGAAACCGAACAAAAGCCGAUUGGUCUAGGAAACAUACAACGCAAUCCGUUUGGCAGUGUGUAUCCAAAUCCUACAUUACCACUAUUUCCUUUAACACCGCAGUUUAACCCCGGUGCCUGUUUGGCACCUAUCGGUCUAGGCUUGAGCAAUCUCUUCAAUCAGGCCAAGGCGUUGUUGCCACUCGAACGCAUAGAAAACAUUGUCCGUGCCGCCGCUCAAGAUCCCGAAGUGCAAGCUUUCUACAAGCUGGUCCAGACGCCCGAAUAUCGUCAGCGCAUCGCAAAUUUUAGUCGCUCGCGCGAGUAUAAAGUCUUUCGUGGUAUGGUCUGCUACAAAAUGAAUUUCGAUCUGCGUUUGUAUAUUGAUCUUAAAAGAAAUUUAUUGCCGUUGUCGGCUUUGAAGGAGCCUCCGAGAAUUGACACUGAGCAGCUGCCUCAAGGUCGACCGGGUCUGCGCGGUUUACUGGAGGACAUACGCGACGCAUUGCCGCGUCAGCGAUUGCGCGAUUUAUUCGAGCGUUUAUUGGCGACCGAUUGGUAUUUGACACGCGCUGUGCAAGUAAUACAAGGCUACGAAUUUAAGAUAGUCUCGGCGUUGGUGAAGCGCAAUCCGGAUUAUCAGUAUUUGAGGCGUGCCGAGCUGGAGGUGGGCUGGCCGCAGGAGGAGUGGCAGAACUUGAUUCACAUUGCGUUGGGUUGGCGUGAAGAUUUGCUUUGAGGGGAACGGAAGCGUGCGCAGAAAGUUCUUUCGAAAUGUGUUAAGAAGAUAGAGGUUGAAAAGCUGGAUAGCUUUCCUUUAUGAAAAAAAGAAAAUGUAUAGCCUUAGGGUUUUAUAUAAGCAGUA